AUGAUUCACCACCCAACAACUUUAUGUAAUAAUGUCGUAUGCAAAAAUUCUGGUGCAUGCAAUAUAAUCUCACCAACUGAUUCAACUUGUUGGUGUUUGUUAGGUUUUCAUGGUAAAUAUUGUGAACGACAAAGAGCUGCUUCACGUUGUAAUGAAAUUCAAUGUCAAAAUGGUGCAAUGUGUUAUGAACAUUCACCUGCAAUGAGUGUUUUUGCUUAUUGUCUUUGUCCACCAGGAUUUACUGGAAGAUUUUGUGAGACAGAAUAUUUUCGUUGCUCACAAGUAGGUACUUUUGUUGAUCAAUAUCAAUGUGCUCAAGGUUCAUAUUUUCUUUGUGAUUAUACAAAUCGUCUUAUUGUUGGUACAUGUCCAAAAGGACUUCGAUUUAAUUUGAAUAAAAUGUCCUGUGAUCAUGCCAGUUCUGUUAUAUGUCCUAAUAUUUAA